GCCAACUCAGAAUCUGAAGAAGAACCGGAUGAAGAAGAAGAACGGUCAAACCGUACCAUUCAAUUUGUAAUGCCCAAUCGUUUCAUAUCAACGAUAGGACCAGAGGUCAUACAUGAAAUGAAUGUCAUGAUGUGUGACACGAAUCCAAAUUUACCGUUGGAGUUCUUGCGAUACGCAUUGACUAAUUGCCCAAACCUUCAACAUUUUUCUUACAAAUCAAUGAACAGCCCUGAUUAUGGUAUAUAUAUCGGUACUGACCCUGAAGUAAUAUCUCAAUUUGUUAGGGAGAAGAAAGAUACAUCUAAUACAAUCCAAGAAAAUAUCAAGGUUAUCAAACUUAAAGACAUGAAACCAUCGAAUGAAUUUCUGGAUCUGAUGCGAACGUAUAUGCCUGCAACAGAAGCUUUUAUUUGUGGUCUAGACGACUUUGAGGACCAAGCAAAUGAAUCAUUUGAAGCCGACUUGACUGCAUUCAAACAGUUAAAUUCAGUUCAGUUGAGUGCUCGAUUUUUAUGUGAAAAAGGCCGAGAUACUACAUUUCUAGAAAUACAAUUCUUGGAUAAAAAUUGGGAAUACUACUGUCUUAUAAUCAGCGAUGCUGCUUUAUCAGUAACCAAAACCACGUUGAAACAGAUGAAUGAACAGCUAAGCGGAGAGAAUAAAAUGUUUGGAAAAGCUGUCAUAAAAUGUCUUAAGCGUGUCAAAUUUGCACUUACUUAUUAUGAUUAUCAUUCGGUGUUUACGAUAAUCGAUAAUGGAGAAAUCAGCACGUUAGACGGCGAACUUUCUUUUUCGAUGUCUCAUCGAUUUUUACGUUAGUUUUGUUGACGUUUUCACCUGGAUUUCCUUUAUAAAUUAGCUAUGCAUUUGGUUUCAAAUAAAAAUAAAAAUAAAAAAC